AUGGGUCGAGUAAGUAAAGAAAAGAUAAGUGCAAUCCCACAUAACAUGGAAAGUUAUCUCAGUCUCGAUAUUGGAAAUCAAAGAUACAUGGAUUCUUUACAACUUAUGCCUGGAUCCCUUGAUUCUCAUAUAUCUAACUUAGGAGCUGAACCAUGCAAAGACGAAGUGGAUGAAAAUGGAAAAUCUUUACCAUGUAAAAAGCCCGGUCAUCUUUACAGAAUCGAUUCUAAUAGAUGUUUUGCUCAUCCAGAGAGAUUUCCCAUAACUAGAGAAUAUGGGGCAAAAGGAAGGGAUGACUUAGUAUUCCGUAAAGCUCCUUUUCCAUAUGAUUGGUUUAAUACACCGGAAAAAAUGGAUACUACUUCUCUUCCUCCUAUUGAGACAUUCGACAGCAUUCUAAACAAAUCUAAAUGCUCAGAAAAAGCUUAUAAAAUCGCACAAGAGUGUGAAAUCCCUGAUGAUGCAGAUAAAGGCUAUAUUUUGGAAGUUGAUCUUGACUAUCCAUAUAAAUUACAUAAAGCUCAUACUUCAUAUCCUUUAGCUCCUGAAAAUAUCGAGAUUUCUAAGGAGGAAAUGAGUAAGUAUGACCAGGAUCUUAUUAAGGAACUAAAACAUUAUACAAAGACUAAGAAACUCGUUCCAAAUCUCAAUAAUAAGAAAAAGUAUAUAGUCCAUUAUCGAGCAUUACAAUUUUAUAUAAAGCAGGGAGUGGUACUUACCAAAAUUCAUCGAGCUAUAGAAUUUAACCAAAGCCCAUGGAUGAAGCCUUUUAUGGAAGAAUUAGCAAGAUCCCGUGCUUUAGCUAAGAAAGAUUUCGAGAAAAAUAUGUAUAAGCUCCUUGGUAAUGCAAACUAUGGAAAGACUGUAGAGAAUGUACGCAAAUAUCAAAGAAUAGAUUUCGUUAGACCAGAAGGAGAAUCGAAAAAGUUUAAAAAAUUAGUAGCUGAUCCUAGUUACAAGUCGCAUAGAAUUUUAGCAGAGAAUUUAGUAGGUAUUUCUCGACAUCAAUCAAAAGCUAGACUUAGUAAACCGAUCUUUAUCGGUAUGUCGGUCCUUGACGAAAGUAAGAUUACUAUGUAUAAUUUUUAUUACAAUAUUAUGAAAGCACGUUAUGGAGAUAAUGUUGAGGUGGUAUACACUGAUACUGAUUCACUUAUCUUACUUAUCCGAACUGAGAAUGUCUAUAAAGAUAUGGUAGAGAUGCAAGAACAUUUAGAUUUUAGCGAUUAUAAGCCAGAACAUCCUAUAUACCAAGCUCUCGGAAAAGAAAAGAUUAUGCUGAAUAAGAAAGUUCCUGGUAAGUAUAAGGAUGAAAGUUGUGGUACUGCUAUGUGGAAAUUUUGCGGACCAAGACCUAAGCUCUAUAGUUAUAUUCUUGCCGAUGGGAAAACAGAUCGAAGAGCUAAAGGCGUACAAAAGGUAGUAGUCAAAAAGAACCUUAUCCAUGAUAUGUAUGAAGAUUGUUUAAAAUCUCGAAAAGAAACUAUGAUAACAAUGCAUAGAUUGGGAAGUAAAGACCAUAUUAUUAGACUUCUUCGUUCAUCUAAAAUUGGUAUUAGCCCUUUGGAUACUAAGAGAUGGAUUUUAUCAGAUGGAAUUACUACAUUAGCCUUUGGGGAUUGGCGUAUUAUUGCGUAUAAGAAAAUGAUUGGUAAAGGAAUAUCCCAUGAAGAAGCUGAAAAAAGAAUGACGAAUCUAGAGUUAAAACCCCAAUAUCAAUAG